GAGGGCCCUUUAAGACUCUCCCCGCCCACCGGCGGCGCCCGCCUCCGCCCGCCGCUCUCCCCGCCCCGGGGUCCGGGAGAGAGCUGCGAUUGGGCGGGCGCGGCGAUCCCUUUGAAGUGUGGCUGCGGAUCGCGGCUAUUUGACGUGCAGCUCGCGGAAGGCGAAGGUUUUUGUGUUGCUCGCCUGGGCUAGCGGCGGCGGCGGCGGCGGCGGCGGCGGCGGCGGCGGUGGAGGAGGGGAGGCGGCACCGAGGCGCAGCGACUGCUGCACGGCGUUCGACGCAGCGGAGCGAGCCCACCCGCCCCGGGAGCUCGCCUCCCGGAGCUUCCCCUCCCUCCCCGCCCCCCCAGUGGCGCUGCCUCCUCCAAAUGAGCGAUUCGCCCGCUGGAUCUAACCCAAGGACACCCGAAAGCAGCGGCAGCGGCGGCAGCGGCGGCGGCGGGAAGAGGCCGGCGGUGCCGGCGGUGGUGUCCCUCCUGCCCCCGGCGGACCCCCUGCGCCAGGCGAACCGGCUUCCCAUCAGGGUUCUGAAGAUGCUGAGCGCUCACACCGGUCACCUCCUGCACCCGGAGUACCUGCAACCGCUGUCCUCCACUCCCGUCAGCCCCAUUGAGCUGGACGCCAAGAAGAGUCCGUUGGCACUGCUAGCCCAGACCUGCUCGCAGAUCGGCAAACCCGACCCGCCGCCCUCGUCCAAGCUCAACUCGGUAGCCGCAGCGGCCAACGGGCUGGGAUCCGAGAAAGACCCGGGCCGCUCCGCCCCCGGCACCGCCUCCGCGGCCACCGCGCUCAAGCAGCUGGGGGACUCCCCCGCCGAGGACAAGUCCAGCUUCAAGCCCUACUCCAAGGGCUCCGGCGGCGGCGGCGGCGGCGACUCCCGCAAAGACAGCGGCUCCUCGUCCGUGUCCUCCACCUCCUCUUCGUCCUCCUCGUCCCCCGGAGACAAGGCGGGCUUCAGGGUCCCCAGCGCCACCUGCCCUCCCUUCCCCCCGCAUGGAGCGCCGGUCUCCACCUCGUCCAACUCGUCUUCACCCGGAGGCUCCCGCGGAGGGUCCCCGCACCACUCAGACUGCAAGAACGGCGGCGGGGCCGGCGGCGGCGGAGACCCGGAUAAGAAAGACCAGGAAGCCAAACCCAGUCCGGAGCCAGCGGCUGGGAGCCGAGGCAGCGGCGCCGGGGACUCGGCUCACGGUGGCCCGGAGGCCGCGGCAUCAGGGCGCAAGUCGGAGCCGCCCUCUGCUCUGGUGGGGGCUGGCCACGUGGCUCCAGUGUCACCCUACAAACCAGGCCACUCGGUGUUCCCGCUACCGCCCUCCAGCAUCGGUUACCACGGCUCGAUCGUGGGCGCCUACGCCGGCUACCCGUCUCAGUUCGUGCCUGGCCUGGAUCCUAGCAAGUCUGGCUUAGUGGGAGGCCAGCUGUCCGGGGGCCUGGGCCUGCCACCGGGCAAGCCCCCCAGCUCCAGCCCGCUCACCGGGGCCUCCCCGCCCUCCUUCCUGCAGGGAUUAUGCCGUGACCCCUACUGCCUGGGAGGCUACCACAGCGCCUCGCACCUCGGCGGCGGCUCUAGCUGCUCCACUUGCAGCGCGCACGAUCCGGCCGGGCCCAGCCUGAAGGCCGGUGGCUACCCGCUGGUGUACCCGGGGCACCCCUUGCAACCCGCCGCGCUGUCUUCCAGCGCCGCCCAGGCCGCGCUUCCGGGCCAUCCUCUCUACACCUAUGGCUUCAUGCUGCAGAACGAACCGCUACCACACAGCUGCAACUGGGUGGCGGCCAGCGGGCCCUGCGACAAGCGCUUCGCCACUUCCGAGGAGCUGCUCAGCCAUCUACGGACUCACACCGCCCUGCCCGGCGCAGAGAAACUUCUGGCCGCCUACCCCGGGGCCUCGAGCUUGGGCAGCGCCGCCGCAGCGGCUGCAGCCGCAGCCUCUUGCCACCUGCAUCUCCCCCCGCCCACCGCCCCAGGCAGCCCCGGGUCGCUGUCCUUGCGGAGUCCACACACUUUGGGGCUAAGCCGAUACCACCCCUAUGGCAAGAGCCACUUAUCCACAGCUGGGGGGCUGGCAGUACCAUCCCUCCCCACAGCCGGACCCUACUACUCGCCAUAUGCCCUGUACGGACAGAGACUAGCCUCCGCCUCGGCGCUCGGAUACCAGUAACUACAGCUCUGGCCCCUCCCAGCCCUUCCCCACCCACCCCUUCCUCUCACGUCCCCCUUACCGCGAAGCUGCAACCACUACUGCUUACCCCCUACCAGGAUCCAGCCCAGCCCUUCCCCACCGGACUGUGUAUUUAUUUACUAUAAUGUUAGCUUACAAGCUGGAAAUAUAAGUGCAUUAAUGGC